AUGGUGAUGAUGGUGGCGUCGCCCAAAAAUUCGUUAAAAGCGGUGUUUGAAAGAGUAGGAGUUUAUGGUUUUGGUGGUGGUGGUGGUGGUGGUGGUGGUGGUGGAAGCAGCGACAGACAGAAAAGAAUAAGAUAUGAGAUUCAUGAUGAAGAUGACACCAUGGAAAUGGUUCAGCUUGGUGCUGAUAGAACCAAGAAUGUGCUUAUUUUGAUGAGUGAUACCGGUGGUGGCCACCGUGCCUCCGCCGAGGCCAUCCGUGAUGCCUUCAAGAUGGAAUUUGGUGAUGAAUACAGGAUAUUUGUUAAGGAUGUAUGGAAAGAAUACACGGGGUGGCCGUUAAACGACAUGGAAAAUCAGUACAAGUUCAUGGUUAAACACGUCCAGCUUUGGAGCGUAGCGUUUCAUGGCACUUCUCCUCGAUGGAUACAUGGUGUUUAUCUUGCCGCCAUUGCCGCCUUCUAUGCCAAGGAGGUCGAGGCCGGUUUAAUGGAGUACAAGCCGGACAUUAUCAUCAGCGUUCAUCCUCUUAUGCAACACAUUCCUUUAACGGUUCUUAAAUGGCAAGGCUUACAGAAGAAAGUCAUAUUCGUGACCGUUAUUACGGAUCUGAAUACAUGCCACCGGACGUGGUUUCACCCAGGGGUCAAAAGAUGCUACUGCCCUUCGGAAGAAGUAUCAAAGCGGGCUUUGCUAGACGGUCUAGAACAAAACCAAGUGCGUGUUUUCGGAUUGCCGGUUCGGCCCUCUUUUGCCCGUGCUGUCCUCGACAAGGAUGGCUUAAGAGUAGAGCUAGAACUCGAUCCGGUACUCCCUGCGGUUUUGCUGAUGGGAGGUGGUGAAGGAAUGGGCCCCGUGAAGAAAACCGCAAAGGCGCUUGCAGAAUCUUUAUUCGAUAACGAAACUGGGAAACCAUUGGGACAAAUGGUCGUGAUAUGUGGUCGAAACAAAGCUUUAGCUUCUUCGCUUCAGUCUUUGGAGUGGAAGAUACCCGUUAAGGUUAGAGGAUUCGAGACGCAGAUGCAGAAGUGGAUGGGUGCUUGUGACUGCAUUAUAACCAAGGCGGGUCCCGGCACGAUUGCCGAGGCGUUGAUCAGAGGGCUUCCGAUCAUCCUCAAUGACUAUAUUCCAGGACAAGAAAAAGGAAACGUCCCGUACGUGGUGGGCAAUGGCGCCGGUGUGUUCACCCGAAGCCCGAAGGAGACCGCUCGGAUCGUGGCCGGAUGGUUCACCACCAAUGCAGAUGAACGCAAGAAAAUGUCUGAAAACGCCCUCAAGUUGGCUCAACCGGAGGCCGUGUUCGACAUUGUGAGGGACAUCCACGACUUGGCGUGUCAACGUGGGCCGCUCGCUGACGUUUCCUACGUUUUAACGUCGUCGUUUUCUAGCUUAAUUUAGCAAGAUGUACAUGUAAUUUGAUUAGAUAAUCAUUACCUACCAUUCUUUGAGCUUGCAGAAAAGCUUGUGUGUGGCAAAAAUUGUAAGUUUUGUGUUGUGGAUUUAGGGUUUGUAGGACAUGAAGAAGUUGGUGUGCAAAA